GAGAGGGAAAGAGAGAGAGGGAGGGAGAGAGAGAGAGAGAGAGAGAGAGAGCGGCUCUUCAGCAGCAUCGUCUCGUAUCUGGCAGAUCUGAGACAAGCCAGCACCCGCCCUGUGGAAUCAGCAUCUCAGCGCGCGGACUUGACAACUGCGCCUCCCCCUCCGAGCGCCGCCUGACAGACCCUCGCUGCAGCUUCGCCUCCGGCAGCUUCUCUCUUAAGAGGCCAGCUCACAGCCCCAGAUCCGCACAGUCCGCUCUCACGUCGUGCGGGGAAUCACCCGCAGAGCCGCACCGGGACCUCUCACGCUCCAUCUCGCUUGGCGCUUGCGCGUAAAGGCACCGGGCAUCAGUCGAGGGCCAGACGCGCACCGUGUGGAUAUCUGAUCGUUGCUGUGACGGGAGGAAGGAGCCGAGGACACCGAGGACUUCCAGCAGCGGAUGCACUGCGCGCAACGCACCUGUGGAUGCAGCACACGCCCCUGAUGCUCGGACUCGAACCUGUGGAAAAGAGAGGAUUCGUCGCAUUCACUUGAUCCCGCUGCGCUCCGUGUGUUUAGAGGAGAGACGCCAUGCUGCUGAGCGUGUCCCUCCUGGUUCUGCCCCUGCUGAGCGUCACCGUGCGCGGCGGCGGCGCGUCCUACGUGCCGUGCGAGCCGUGCGACCAGAAGGCCCAGUCCAUGUGCCCCCCGGUGCCGGUGGGCUGCCAGCUGGUGAAGGAGCCCGGCUGCGGCUGCUGCCUGACGUGCGCGCUCGAGGAGGGCCAGCCGUGCGGCGUGUACACCGGGCCGUGCACGCGCGGGCUCCGCUGCCUGCCCAAGAACGGCGAGGAGAAGCCGCUGCACGCGCUCCUGCACGGCCGAGGCGUGUGCAGGAACGAGAAGUUGUACAAACUCCUGCACCCGUCGAAAGACGACGGUCACGCCCUGCUCCCCGUCCCCGAGUCGGUGCUUCCCCAGACCAAGGUGCCCUUAUAUGGCAGGGACCACAUCAGCAGCCGGAAGGCCCAGGCCAUGAAGCAGGCCAAGGACCGCAAGAAGCAGCUGGCCCGGCUGGGGCCCGCCAGCAACCUGGACUUCUCCCCGCUGAGCCUGGAUAAACUGGACCCCGAGUUCGGGCCCUGCAGGAGGAGACUGGAUAAUCUCAUCCAGAGCAUGAAGGACACGUCCCGGGUCCUGGCGCUGUCUCUCUACAUCCCCAACUGUGACAAGAAGGGCUUCUUCAAGCGCAAACAGUGUAAACCCUCCCGCGGUCGGAAGAGGGGGAUCUGCUGGUGCGUGGACCGGUUCGGUGUGAAGAUCCCCGGCAUCAACUACGCCGGAGGAGACCUGCAGUGCAAGGACCUGGACAUCGGCAGCAGCAACAGCAACGAAUGAGCGGCGCCUCCCACCUCUGCUGAGAACCUGCCAAUCAAACUCUGCCCCCCCGGAGAACCCGACACAGACGCUCACGUGUGGUCAGGUGGGACGGACGGCGCUGAUUUACUUUAUGUUCUGAGGGGAGACGCCCUGAGGCUGCACACGUCUGUGUACUAUUCUCUUUAUAUCCAUAGGUCAUAGAGAAGUAUAUAUAUUUGUAUGAUAUAGAUACCGUGUUGUGUACUGAGUCUGUCGUAUGUUGCUAAAUUUUGAAAUCACGAGACAAGACAUAUUUUUAAAUGUGGCUGAGAAUGGAGUGGGACACUUGGGAGACAGAGUUUUAUUGAGUGUUUGUGGUGUUGAUGACGAGGGGACAUGUCUUCUGAUGUUUGACUCAACAUUGGCCUGUUUCCACUGAGCCGAAUCAGACCAGUUUGACUUCUACGGGACAAUCCCAGUAGCUUUGUAUUGCAGAGACGUACAUGUUUGUACUGGUUAUAUAAACAUGAGCAUGAAUAUAGCAGGUGACAGGGGGACGGGGGGGGGGGGACGGGGGGGCAGUAACUUCCUCUGCACAUCGCUCCCACCAAAUAAAAACCAGAAAAUCCAUCGAGCUCCAGCUUUGAAUCAAAUAGAAAACCCGCUCUCUGCUGUUCUGUGAUUUAUGGAAACGUUGUGUGUCCCAGCGACAGAUGAAGUUGACCAUCGUUCCCAGUGAAGCUUCUUGAAACGUGUCUGUCGGAUUGAAUCCUUCAUAUCAGCAGAUUUACUGUACUGUGACCGCUUCCAUAUUUAAAAGGCCUGAAAACUGCGUCCGCUGUUUGUAAAUGUACUGACAGUGUGUGUGUGAGUGUGAGUGUGUGCUCCUGAGUGUGAGUGUGUGCUCCUGAGUGUGUGCUCCUGAGUGUGUGUCUGUGCUGUAUGUGCCAUGCCCUAAUAGUUCUCAACUUGAAAAAGCUCUGGUCUCAUUUCCCUUCCACACAAAUCAUAUGCAAAGGCCCCGUGUUGUGGACGUGUUGUGGAUGUGUUGUGGACGUGUUGUGGAUGUGUUGUGGAUGUGUUGUGGAUGUGUUGUGGACGUGUUGUGGAUGUGUUGUGGACGUGUUGUGGACGUGUGCGUUCGCCGGGUCGCCGCCGCCGCCACCCAGGCAAAUGGCCCCCCCGCUCUCAGGGUUCGCCGGGUCCUUUUCCAUCCUGCGCAGAGCAAGGUCGCCGAGUGUGUAUGUAAAUUCAAGUGCCUUCUGCCCCACGCCACUUUGAAUUUGGAUUUGCAUGCGGGAACGCUCCAGCACCCACAGAGGAAAACCACGUCAGGUGGUGUGAAAGAUUAGCUUGUUUUGAUUUCCAGACGAAGAAGACGAGUCGACAGGAUGAAGAUGUUUAGAUGUUUAUUAGUUGGGUUGAUAACUGGUAGAAUCUCCUGAUGUUGUGACAGAGGCUCCGGAUGACGCUCCUCUCUCAAGCUGUAAACAUGUUGAACACGUGAUCGUUUCUGAAUCUGUUUUAAAAAAGAUAAAUGUGAACAUUAUGGUGAAAUAUUUAUCAGGCGUGUAAUUUGAUGUACUCUGUUUUUUGUAAUAACAAAUCACUAUUUAAAUAAAGUACCUGUACUCACUAAA